GCACUGGGGGGUGCCUGCAAAGGCUCUCGCGAGCUGCUGGCCCUGGGAGUCAGUGCAUGUGCCUGGCUGAAGACAGCAGCAGCCAGAAGCUCCCGGCACCCCGGCCCCACGCUCUCUGAAUACCAAGCUGCAGGCUAGCUGCCCCGGGCUUUUUGCCUUCUUGCUUUUCCUCUCCUCCAAUUCAGAGUGGGCAAUCCACACCGAUUUCUUUUCAGGGGAGGGGAGAGGCAGGGCCUGGGGUCCCAAGUCGCACACAAGUCUUCGCUGCCAUGGGGGCCGUCAUGGGCACCUUCUCAUCUCUGCAGACCAAACAAAGGCGACCCUCUAAAGACAUCGCCUGGUGGUAUUACCAGUAUCAGAGAGCUCAGACUUUGGCCUGUUCUGAUGCCAUUCCCUCUGCUUCCAGACAAGAUCGAGGAUGAGCUAGAGAUGACCAUGGUUUGUCACCGGCCUGAGGGACUGGAGCAGCUUGAGGCCCAGACGAACUUCACCAAGAGGGAGUUGCAAGUCCUUUACCGAGGAUUCAAAAAUGAGUGCCCCAGCGGCGUGGUCAAUGAAGAAACAUUCAAGCAGAUCUACGCUCAGUUUUUCCCUCAUGGAGAUGCCAGCACAUAUGCCCAUUACCUCUUCAACGCCUUCGACACCACCCAGACAGGCUCUGUGAAGUUUGAGGACUUUGUAACUGCUCUGUCUAUUUUACUGAGAGGGACAGUCCAUGAAAAACUAAGGUGGACAUUUAAUUUGUACGACAUCAAUAAAGAUGGCUACAUAAACAAAGAGGAGAUGAUGGACAUAGUCAAAGCCAUCUAUGACAUGAUGGGGAAAUACACCUAUCCUGUGCUCAAAGAGGACACUCCCAGACAGCAUGUGGAUGUCUUCUUCCAGAAAAUGGAUAAAAAUAAAGAUGGCAUCGUAACUUUAGAUGAAUUUCUUGAAUCCUGUCAGGAGGAUGACAACAUCAUGAGAUCUUUACAGCUGUUCCAAAAUGUUAUGUAACUAAGGACAUUUGCCAUCCUGCUUUCAGAGACACUGAACAAACACCUCAAUGCCCUGAUCUGCCCUCGUUCUGAUUUUACACACCAACUCUUGGGACAGAAAUCCCUUUUUCACUUUGGAAGAAUUCUCUGCUGAAGACUUUCUACAAAACCUGGAAUCGUGUGGCUCAGUCUCUGAUUGUCAAUGCUUUCUCCUUACUCUUCCUGAGAGAGACAAGAUGAAACCUGAGUUUGUUUCAGAAGCAUGCCCAUCUCUUCAUGCUGCUAUCCUGUGGAAGGCCCCUCUGCUUGAGCUUAAACAGUAGUACACAAUUUUAUGCUUACACGUCCCCAACUCACUGCCUCCUAGUC